GGAGAUAAACAAAAUAAGAAGAAAUAUUAACGCACUUGGAGUACGCAAACGAGAACCUUUAUAAAGAUUUACGUGACAAACCCAACGAGGGCUGCUUUUGUGCGUGUAAGUUAUUGGUGGUAAAGCAAUAAAACUUUCAUUUUCAGAUAUUAUAUCGAAAAGUAACCGUCAUCUGGCAUCAACAAGGAGCAUUGUCAUGAAAUGUAACACUGCCAAAUGCGGUUAGACCCUCCGCUGGCGAAUGGGAAGGAGGAGUCUAAAACGAUUGCCGAGGUGCUAUAAAAGUCGCGGCGACGAACGACAGGCGCUUCAUUCGCGUCCUGGAUGCCAGCUAGAAAGCUUCCCAAUCGCGAUACACAAAGUCAAAGCCGAGGGACACCAUGGCAGCAUCAUCCUUGUGCGUAUCCGUCCAAUAAAAAUCAAAGUAAUAGCAAUGGAAAACCUAUUCUCUGAGUGAUAGUGCGUGCGUUUAGUGCCUUGGGAACUGUAGACAGCAUAUGUGCGCUAUCAGAUUGUGUGGGAAUCUAUUGAAUUUUAAGGAAGUGAAUUACAAGCAACGCGGAAUAAGAAAAUUUACGAACUGACAAGGCGGCGAAUAAAUAUUAAACGGAGAUUUUAAAGUGAAACUUAACCAACGAAACCUGUUGAGCAAAAAACUUCAACCAUGUAUGGAAUGCUGUACGAGAGUGUGCAGCACUACGUGCAGGAGGAGUACGGCGUGGACAUUUGGCGGAAGGUGUGUCACAUCAUCGACUGCAAGCACAAUAGCUUCAAGACGCACCAGAUCUAUCCGGACAAGCUGAUGCCGGACAUCGCCGAGGCUUUGUCCGCCUGCACGGGCGAGUCCUUCGACUUCUGCAUGAACUUCUUCGGGCGCUGUUUUGUGCGGUUCUUCAGCAACUUUGGCUACGACAAGAUGAUCCGCUCCACAGGGCGAUACUUCUGCGACUUCCUGCAGUCCAUCGACAACAUUCACUUGAUUAUGCGCUUCACCUAUCCCAAGAUGAAGUCGCCCAGCAUGCAGUUGACCAAUAUGGAUGACAACGGAGCUGUGAUCCUGUACAGAAGCAGUCGCACUGGAAUGUCCAAGUACCUAAUUGGGCAGAUGACCGAGGUGGCGCGAGAGUUUUACGGCCUGGAGAUCAAGGCUUACGUGAUUGAGAGCCAGAAUGACAUCAGUGGAGGCACUGCUGGUCCCAUCAAGCUCACGGAGGGUCCCUUAACCGUGAUUGUGAAGUAUCGUCUGGACUUUGAUAACCGGGAGUACAUGGCUAAGCGCGUCAAUACGGAGGCCCAUCCCUCGCAGCUCAAAAUGCCCACCGUGAAACUGGAUGUGUUCCUCGAUCUUUUUCCCUUCACAUUUGUGCUGAACCACGACAUGAAGAUCACGCAUGCUGGUGAGAAGAUCGUUGAGACCUGGAUUAUGCACAAUCCAGGGGCCAAUCCAAAGAGCUUCAUUGGCACCCACGUAAUGGACCUGUUCCAAUGCCGUCGUCCGAAAGACACCACCAUCGACUGGGAUACCCUGAUCCAGAUGAGAGCCGUGCUCUUUGAAUUCGAGUUGAUUCGCACGGGUCACAACCGCGCUGCCUACGAUGCUGUCUUGAAUAUGGACUUUGAAAACUACGACGAGAUGGACCUAAACGAAGCCCAGACUAUGGCGCUGGCCAAGGCCCAAGAGUUCAGUGAAUCCCAUCCGUUGGAUGAUGAUGAAGCUGCGGGCGAGGAUGAGAUCGACCCUGCCACUGGGGAACGUCGAUCCUCCCAGGGCUUGAGGUCCAUCCUUUUAAAGGGUCAGAUGUUCUACAUCAAAGAUGUGGACUCGCUGAUCUUUCUGUGCAGUCCUCUAAUCGAAAAUCUCGAUGAGCUGCAUGGAAUCGGUCUCUAUUUGAACGAUCUCAAUCCGCAUGGGCUGAGCAGAGAGCUUGUGAUGGCGGGAUGGCAGCACUGCUCCAAGCUGGAGAUCAUGUUCGAGAAGGAGGAGCAGCGAUCGGAUGAGCUUGAAAAGUCGCUGGAACUGGCAGAUUCCUGGAAGCGGCAGGGUGAUGAGCUGCUGUACUCCAUGAUUCCGCGGCCCAUAGCCGAAAGAAUGCGACUCAGCCAGGAGCAGGUCUGCCAGAGUUUCGAGGAGGUGUCCGUCAUCUUCCUCGAGGUGAUGAACGUCUAUGACGAAGGAUUGAACAGCAUUCAGGGCGCCAUGCAGGCGGUGAACACUUUGAACAAAGUAUUUUCGGCUCUGGAUGAGGAGAUCAUUUCCCCAUUCGUUUACAAAGUGGAGACCGUGGGCAUGGUAUACAUGGCAGUUUCGGGUGCUCCUGAUGUGAAUCCCCUGCACGCCGAGCACGCCUGCGACUUGGCCUUGAGGGUGAUGAAAAAGUUCAAGGCUCACGACCUGGGGGACGUUGCCAUUCGGGUUGGCAUCAAUUCGGGACCUGUGGUGGCCGGCGUUGUGGGCCAAAAGGUUCCUCGAUACUGUCUGUUUGGGGACACCGUUAACACCGCCUCGCGAAUGGAGAGCAGCAGCGAUCCCUGGAAGAUCCAGCUAUCGAAGUACACCGGCGAUAAGGUGCGCCAAGUGGGCUACAAAGUGGAGUCGCGUGGCACGGUCAAGGUCAAGGGCAAGGGCGACAUGGAGACCUACUGGCUGCUGGAGGGUCCCGAAGGCUAGGCAUAUAAAAUAUUAAAUGUAUCUUUAAUUUUAGCACCAUGCACUGAAGGAUUGUACGGCACCUGUGGCUUUCUUAAUUUGUUGCAAUAAAAGAGAAUUUAGCUCUGCUCCUCUGA